CACUUGACAUGCGCUGAGAGGGGAGGGGGUUUCCGUCUCUCUCUCGUUCAGUUACUUCAUCCUCUAACGGUCCGUCGCAGUGGGGAGCUUUUCUUCUCCGCUUUGAAAACCUUUCACCUGAUUAACUUGUUUUAUAGACACUUUAACCUCAGUUUCUUCCCUUACAUUUAUACUUUUAUAACUUUAUACCGUAUGGACGCAUUUUAAUCACGGAAAAUAUAAGGUCUCCAGUCUACUAUGGAUGAGGAGAGAGAGGAGGGGGGUCCUACCUCUAAGACCGCUCUGUCUGGGGAACAUGGCCGCCGGAGCAAAGCUAAGAGAGUCCAGCAGGAGAGAGCAGACUCCCCUGGACCCAGCUGUGUCUCCAUGCAGAGUGACUGCUCUAUGGAUAAACCUGAGAACUUUGAAGAGGGAAAUCACCAACCUUCUAAGAAAAGAAGGAGGCAGGAGAGAGCAGACUUCCCUGGACCCAGCUGUGUCUCCAUGAAGAGUGACUGGUCUAUGGAUAUACCUCCUCGGCUUAAAGAUGGACGGCCCUCCAGAGAGGAGAGACACCAGGAGAGGUCAAAGGUCACCAGUGCUCAGUCCGUACAGCAGCAUCUACCAGAGCUGGAGACGAACCAGGAGGAACUGGCCGACACACUGGGGGACGGAUUUAAUGCUGUCGAGUGCCAACAUAAAAUCAAGUCUCGUUUGACGAAGAAGUUCAGGUGUGUGUUUGAGGGAAUCGAUAAAGCAGGACAGCCAACAAAUCUGAAUGACUUCUACACAGAGAUUUUCAUCACAGAGAGAGACAGUGGAGAGGUCAACAAGGAACAUGAGGUCAGACUGAUUGAAACAGCUUCCAGAAAACCAGCCAAGGAAGGAACACCAAUCAGAUGUGAGGACAUCUUUAAACCCUUACCUGGACAAGAUAAACCAAUCAGGACAAUAAUGACAACAGGAGUGGCCGGCAUUGGUAAAACCGUCUUAACACACAAGUUCACUCUGGACUGGGCUGAAGGCAAAACCAAUCACGACAUAAACUUCACAUUUCUCCUCACUUUCAGAGAGCUGAAUUUACUGAAAGAGAAAGAGUUUAGCUUGGUGGAACUUCUUCAUCACUUCUUUAUUGAGACCAAAGAAGCAGGAAUCUGCAGAUACGACUGGUUCCAAGUUGUCUUCAUCUUGGAUGGACUGGAUGAGUGUCGACUUCCUCUGGACUUCCAGAGGAACCAAACCUGGACUGAUGUCACAAAGUCCACCUCGGUGGACGUGCUGCUGACAAACCUCAUCAGGGGCGACCUGCUUCCCUCCGCUCGCAUCUGGAUAACCACACGCCCUGCGGCAGCCAAUCAGAUCCCUGCUGAGUGUGUGGACAUGGUGACAGAGGUGAGGGGGUUCACCGACCAACAGAAGGAGGAGUACUUCAGGAAGAGAUUCAGAGAGGAGACGCUGGCCAGAACAAUCAUCUCCCACGUCAAGAAAUCACGAAGCCUCCACAUCAUGUGUCACAUCCCAGUCUUCUGUUGGAUCACUGCUACAGUUCUGGAGGACUUCUUCAAAACAUCCCAGAAAGUAGAAGAGAUGCCCAAGACCGUAACUCAGAUGUACAGCCACUUCCUGAGGAUUCAGUCCUUACAGGGGGACAGGAAGUAUCAUGGAAGAGCUGAAACAGAUCCAGACUGGAGUUCAAAGAGCAAGGAAAUAUUUUUUUCUCUGGGAAAGCUGGCUUUUAACCAGCUGGAGAAAGGCAACCUGAUCUUCUACGAGGCAGACCUGGCAGAGUGUGACAUCGAUAUCAGAGCAGCCUCAGUGUACUCAGGAGUGUUCACCGAGAUCUUUAAAGAGGAGUGUACGCUGUACCAGGACAAGGUGUUCUGCUUUGUCCAUCUGAGCAUCCAGGAGUUUCUGGCUGCCCUUUAUGUCUUCUGGUCCUUCAUCAACACUGGGGACAAUCUGCUCUCAGAAGAGCAAUCACAGGCCAGUAAAUUUGAACUUGUCCUCUACAAGAGUGCUGUGGACAAGGCCUUACAGAGUGAGAACGGACACCUGGACUUGUUCCUCCGCUUCCUCCUGGGCCUCUCUCUGGGGACCAAUCAGAUUCUUCUACGAGGUCUGCUGGGAAAGACAGGAAGUAGAUCACUGACCCUUCGGAUUAAACAAAGUCUGUUGGGACAAACAGGAAGGGGCUCACAGACCAAUGAGAAAACAGUGUCUUACAUCAAGGAGAAGCUAGAGGAAGAUAUCUCUCCAGAAAGAAGCAUUAAUCUGUUCCACUGUCUUAAUGAGCUGAACGAUCGUUCGCUAGUGGAGGAGAUCCAACAGUCCCUGACAUCAGGAACACUCUCUAAAGGACCUCUCUCUCCUGCUCAGUGGGCAGCUCUGGUCUUCAUCUUACUGUCAUCAGAAGAGGAGCUGGACGUGUUUGACCUGAAGAAAUACAAAGCUUCAGAGGAGGGUCUUCUGAGGCUGCUGCCAGUGUUCAAAGCCUCCAAAACGUAUCUGCUGACUGCCUGUCAGCUGUCAGAGAGAUGCUGUGAAGAUCUGGCCUCAGUUCUCAGCUCCAACUCCUCUAGUCUGAGAGAACUGGACCUGAGUACCAACGCUCUACAGGACUCAGGAGUGAAGCUGCUCUCUGCUGGACUGGGGAGUCCACACUGUACACUGGAAACUCUCAGCUUGUCUGGCUGCCUGGUCACACAGGAAGGCUGUGCUUCUCUGGCCUCUGCUCUGAGCUCCAACCCCUGCCAUCUGAGAGAGCUGGACCUGAGCUACAAUCACCCAGGAGACUCUGGAGCUGCGCUGCUCUCUGCUGGACUGGAGGAUCCACGCUGGAGACUGGACACUCUCAGGUAUGGAGAGGACAGCUCACCACUGCUAGAUGAAGUGGUUUGAAGAGGCAGCUGUAACUCAUGCAGUGUAGAACGUUAUGAGACUGCAGAUGAUGAAGGUGAAUGUUUCAACAUGCUGCUCUCACUUUGUUUCCCCCCCCAGUGUGGAGCACGGUGGAGUGUGGAGGCUGAAA